GAGUUUCUGUGUGAUGUGUUCUGCGUGACUCUACUGGGUGUUGUGAGAGGAGGUUAGUCAAGCUCAGAACUCCAAACAUGGAUUUACUCACCUAUGAUGACGUGCAUGUGAACUUCACUCAGGAAGAGUGGGCUUUGCUGGAUGCUUCUCAGAAGAGUCUCUACAAAGGUGUGAUGGUAGAGACCUAUAGGAAUCUCACAGCUAUAGGUUACAGUUGGGAAGAACAUACAAUUGAAGACCAUUUCCAAACUUCUAGAAGUCAUGGAAGGUAAUUUUCCUCUGCAAGCUGAUGAGAAAAUGCCUAUGAAGAAAGUUUAACGUGUGCUACAAGUAGUAAAGAAAACCAAUAGGGUACAAUAAGCACUGCUUUCAAUUAUGGAUGUUUACUGACUUUCAUAAAAUCAUAUAUGUCUAUGUCAAAUACGUAA